AUGAAUUUCAACUAUAUUAUAAAGUCUAAUAAAUUAAAAUAUGAAAAAGAAAAAAGUAAUGAGUUUUAUGUUUCUUCUAAAGUAUCGAUAGAUAUUAAUAAUGAAAAUUUUGUGAAAUAUUACGAAAAUUACUUAAAAAAUGAAAAUAAGUCAUUUAUACAUUCGUGCCAUCAAUUGUUUGAAACAUCCAAUCACAAUCAUUUGGAAAAAAUUUUGUGUAAUUAUGGAACCAAUGAUGUUGUAGAACAGUUUAAUGCAAAAUUGGCUUGUGCUCAAGGCUUUAGAAAUGAAUUAAUAGAAAAUUACAAAAUGUCUAAAGAGGAUGAAUAUUUGGAAAAUAUAUUAAAAAGAGAAAGACAUAUAACAUAUCAUAAUAUUAAACAGAAUUGUAUAGUAAAAAUGGAAAAAGCGUUUAAUAUACAGAUGCAACAAGAAUACAAUAAUUUUGAAAGACAAGAAAUAGAAAAGGAGUAUUUUCGAAAAAAAAAAACGAUUGGAAAUAUUUUAUUGAAUAUAAUAAAUGUUGCAGUAAAGUUAAAAAAAAUUGAAGACAAUUAUGGAGAUGAUUUCUUAUAUGCAAAAUUAUUUUCUUUAGAAAAAGAUUUUUUUAUAAAAAAAAUAAAAAAUAUAGAUGAAUAUACUCAAGUAAAUACUCAUUUGAAUCAGACAAACAAUAAGAUUAUUGAAUACACAAAAAAAAUAAAAAAUAAUGAUAUAUAUUAUAAAAAUGAAGAUAAUAAUGAAUUAAGUAAAUUUAUAUUAACCUUUAAUAUUUUAAAAGAUCAAAAAAUAAAUAAGUUUUUUUUUUUAAACUUAAGAAAUCUUUCUUAUUUAGAUAAAAAUAACAACAGAAUCGAAAAACGGGCAUUUCUGAAUUUAGUGGAAUAUUUAAGUAGAAAUGGAAAUAUUUUAAACAUAAAAAAUAUAUUUCCAAAUAGUAAUUUUUUGAAUAAGAUUUCGAACAAUUUAUGGGAUCAAUAUUUAAAUUAUAAAGAAAAAAUAUUAGAGCAAAUAGAUUAUCCCGAUUUGAAUUACGUAAAUGAGCAACUGACUGACAAUACUUUUCAGUAUUCACCCACCGAGUGUUCAGAAGAAAAGAUAAAUGGGUUGGGAGUUUUGAAGUUUUUAAUUUUAAACAUAUUCCGAAAAAGUUCGAUAAAUUUGGAAGUUAAAGUUUUAGCGAAAUAUUUAAAAAAUAAAUAUUCUUUAAAGAUCUAUGAUUUUGAUAAAAUAAAAAAAGAGGCUGAAUAUAUUUGUCAAAAAAAUAACAUGAAUACAAAUAUGCCAAGUUUAAAUGGAGAAAGAAAUAAAAUGAGUUUUAAAAAGAUAAAGAAUAAAAUAUCCAAGAAACUUGAAAAAAUAAUAAGCAAAUUAAAACAAAAAGAACUAAAUGAAUAUACUAAAGAUGUAUUGUGUGUCGAUCUAUUAUAUUAUCGAAUAAAAUAUGAUAAUGAUAUUUUUCUUUGCACUAAUAAAAAAUGCAAAAAAUAUAAUGGAUAUGUUAUCAUUAAUUUUUUUUACUCACCAAGACAGUAUAUACUUUAUGAGCUUAAAUUCAAGAAGCGUUUUUUUUUUGACAAUUUUGUUUAUAAUAAUUUAGAGUUAGUCAAAAGGGCUAGAAGCUUAUUUGAGUUGGGAAGUAGGUAUCUUAAAAAAAGUGAAAAAAACGAAAAAAGUGAAAAAAAUAAUAAAAGGAAAAAAACAAAAUUAAGGAAAAGGUUAAAUUCAAUUCACAAUGAAGAAAAUGAGAUAGAAAAAGAGAACAAAGAUAUAGACAUUAAUUAUAUUGAAAAAAAAAAUAUUUUAUUUUUUUCUAAUUUUAUUUGUAAAAUUUAUGAUAUAAAUGAAAUGAAAAAUAAACAUAAAUUUGAAUCAAUAGAUAUACAUUUCCAUAUAUAUAUAAAUAAAAGAAAAAUUAAUAAAUAUUUUUUUAACUACUUUUACAAAAAACAUUUAUAUGAUUCUAUAAAUUGUCAUGAAUGUGAAAAUGUGUGUGAAAAUGAAGAAAACUUUGAAUUAAUACAUGACAAAAAUAAUGAAAAUAAAAUCGAAGAUACCGAUAUUCAUUUGCGUAUUUAUUUAAAAAGGUUAAAUAAAGUUGAGAUAAAAAUUAAAUAUUUGGAGAAUCAAUAUGUUUCAAAUAUACACAUAAAAGAAAAAUAUAUUAUGAUAAAAUGUAACAUUGUUUUUUUAUGCAAACAUUUAAAAAAAAUAAAAAAUAUAAAAAAAAAAAAAAAUAAAAAAUGUAGCUUUUUAAAUAUAGACAAAUAUUUAGGAGAGAAAAAAAAAAUAACAAAAUAUUCGAACCACUAUUUAAUCAAAAAAAAUUUCCAAUAUGAUAAAAAUUGUAAAGAAAUAAAUAAAUUUUUAAAAAAUUACACAAACUCUCCAAGAAUUUAUAUUUUAAAAAAAAAUGUUUUUAAAUAUUCAAGGAGAAUAAUAAAAGAAUCAAUUUUGUUUGCAUCUAACAAAAAUUAUAAUGAUGAUAAAAAAAGAAAAGAUUCUAAAAUAAGCAUAGAUAAUAUUGUAGACAAAGAUAAAAUAUAUAAAUAUAUAAAACAAAUAAAUAUAGACAAAAAUUUAGUGAAAUAUUUUCAAGAGAGAUAUUUGAAUAUAAUAAGAUCGUAUAUAAUACAGUUAUUUAAUUUAUUUUCUUGGGAAGAAAAAUUUGAACAAAAUAUAAAUAAGAAUAUACAACAUAUAAAAAAAAAUGUCUAUUCAUUUAUUGAUUUUAUAGAUAUGUAUAAAAUUAAUGAUGUUAUAAAAUUACAUAAUAAUAUGAAAAAAAUCGGAAUAGAAAAUGAUAAGAGUAAAAAUUUAAUUCUUAAUAGAUUAAUAAAUAUUCAAAAAAAAAUAUGGAUAAAUAUAUUGAAAGCUAAAAAUAAAAAUUAUAAAAAAAAAUAUAUAUAUAUUCAAACUUGGUUUUAUAGACAAAUAAUUUUUUUAACAUUUUUGAAAUUUAAUCAAAUUAAUAUAGAACAUAAAUUAUAUACAGAUUUACAACUUUUUGUUCAUGAGUUUAUUUAUUCUUUAUUACAUUAUGAUAAUAUAAUGUUAUGUAAAAAUGAAGAUAAAAAUAAAUUUUCCGUUUUUAACUAUUUUCCAAAAAAUAUAAAAGAAUUAUUUAUAUAUGAAAAUGGUAAUUAUCAUUUUCCUUUUUAUAAUUUAAUGAAAAAAGAUAGCACCAAAUUUUUUGUAGACAUAUCUGAAAAUAAUUAUAAUAAAAAAUUAAAUAAGUCAAAAAAUUUCGAAAAUAAAAAUAAUAAUAAUAAUAUAAAUCAAUAUUUAAAACAUGAACAAAAUUAUAUAUUUUUAGCAAAAGAAUAUAAAGCUAUAAGCAAUUUUAUUUUUUAUUAUAAACUUCAUGAAAUAAUUAAUAAUUCUAUAAUUUACUUACGAAAUAAAAUUUACAUUUUCCAAGAUGUUAAUAAUAAGAUAAAUUCGUUUGUUACUUUACAUUAUACAUGUGUUUAUAGCCGAUUGAAUUAUGUAUGUGAUUUGGUUAGGAAAUAUAUAUUAACAUUUAAAUUUAUUCCAAACAAUUUGAUCGAUAUAUUAUAUGGAAGUUUUCAUAAUAAACUUGAUCAAGUUGAAAAAGUUGAAAAGGUUGAAAAGGUUGAAAAAGUUGAUCAAAUUGAAAAAGCUGAAAAAGUUGAAAAUGAGGUAUCAUCCAAAGAUAGUAAAGAAAACGAAAAUAAAGAUCCAGAGUAUAAAAAUUAUUUAUGUACCACCAAUGAACCAAAAUAUAGUUAUUUAAAUAUAGUAGAAAAAACAAAAAAAAAUUAUGCAUAUAUAUUCAUACAAAAUAUUCUAAAUUAUAUAUUUAUUGAACAUUAUUUUCCAAUUAUACCAAAAUAUACUUUAGAAAAUUUUAUCAUAUGUAGUUUAAAUUUUAUAAAAAAUAAGUCCCAAAAAAAAGACGCUUAUUCAUUUUUUGCUUAUAACCUUUUAAGAAUAUAUUUUAAGAAAAACAAAAUUGUAGACAUAAAUAUAUUUUAUCUUCCAGAAUGUAUUAAAAAUACUAAUACGUUGAAAAUGUUUCCUCAAAAUGGUAAGGAAUUAAGUCAAUAUAUUUUUGUUCUAGACUUUUUCUUUUUUCUUCUUUUUUUUUUUUUCGCUUCAAAGCAUAAAGGGAAAAACAGCCAAAAAAUGAUUUUACAAAAUUAUUUAAACAUUUUGGAGAUAAAAAUGCAUAAGAAAGGAAUAAUAAAUAAAAGUGAAAAAUUAAAGAUAUUAAAAAAUUGUCUUUUUUCAUAUGAGGUGCCACUAAAACCUAAAAGUGUAAUACCCCAAGAGAGCUAUAAUAUACAAUCAGGAGAAAUGAAUGUAGAAAAUAAAAACACCAAAAGUAAAAAAGUAUGUAUAUCUUUUGGUGAGAUGGAAAAAUCUAGAAUGAAUUUUUUUGACAAUGAUUGUAUUUGUAUUGAAGAUAAAGAACAAAAUUUGGAUGAACUUGAUUAUUUCAAUUUUCAAGAAUUCAGUGAUUUAUGCAUAUUUAAUCUUUUCUUGAAUAAAAAAAAAGAAAAAAAAAAUUAUAAAUAUGAAACAUUUUUACUGAAUAAGUUCAUUUUUAGGUUUUUAUUUGCAUUUAGUCAAAUGCCACAUUUUUACGAAAAUGUUAAUGUUUAUAUAAAAAAUUAUUUAUUUAAAAAAAGUUCAGAUUUUUUAUCUUUAUUUGAAACAUGUGUGCAAGAAAAAGUUGAGAUAAUUUCCAGGAGUGAUAGCAAUAUUGAAAAAGUAUACAAAGAAGGGCAUGAAUGUGAAAAAAAAAAAAAAAAAAAAAGUACUUAUAUGACAUGGAAUACAAAAAAAAAGAUAAGGGCCAGAGACAUACUCAUAUUUUUUUGUAAUAAUUAUAAAUAUGUUUUAAAAAAAAAAUUGUAA